UCCGCCGCCUAUGGUAGAAAUACCAAGAGGACAGACACCACCUAAUAUUGCCGCACUUGAUAGACAUGUUCGACUACUACUACGUACGAUCAAAGUUCCCGUUUCCACAAACCGUAGAUCAAUGGUACCUUAUCGAAGAUGUCCCUUAAGAGCUAAGAACUCUUAUAGAGUAAUACGAUUUCCAGCUCUUAAAAAGGAGCCAGCAGUUCAUGAGAAUUUAGUCGCACCAAAUACCAUAACUACAGACAACUCGCUCAUCCAGAUACCCUCCUCUUCAUCAACACAAUCGGUUUCACCUACAGCCAAUACUUCACCUGUCAAUGAGGGCGUCAACAUUAAAGAGGAACCGACCGAACAGGAAAACAUAUCAUCCAUUGUUUCUAAUGUAGAUCACCAUGAUGCAAGUCCAGCAUUAGAGGAGUUGCCUGGUAUCCAAAUAGGACCACAUGGCACGCGGCCUAUGGUAGAAAUACCAAGAGGACAGACACAGACACAGAAUUCUUAUAGAGUAAUACCAUUUCCAGCUCUUAAAAAGGAGCCAGCAGUUCAUGAGAAUUUAGUCGCACCAAAUACCAUAACUACAGACAACUCGCUCAUCCAGAUACCCUCCUCUUCAUCAACACAAUCGGUUUCACCUACAGCCAAUACUUCACCUGUCAAUGAGGGCGUCAACAUUAAAGUGGAACCGACCGAACAGGAAAACAUAUCUUCCAUUGUUUCUAAUGUAGAUCACCAUGAUGCAAGUCCAGCAUUAGAGGAGUUGCCUGGUAUCCAAAUAGGACCACAUGGCACGCGGCCUAUGGUAGAAAUACCAAGAGGACAGACACAGACACAGAAUUCUUAUAGAGUAAUACCAUUUCCAGCUCUUAAAAAGGAGCCAGCAGUUCGUGAGAAUUUAGUCGCACCAAAUACCAUAACUACAGACAACUCGCUCAUCCAAAUACCCUCCUCUUCAUCAACACAAUCGGUUUCAGCUACAGCCAAUACUUCACCUGUCAAUGAGGGCGUCAACAUUAAAGAAGAACCGACCGAAAUGGAAAACAUAUCAUCCAUUGUUUCUAAUGUAGAUCACCAUGAUGCAAGUGAUGCAUCGGUGUCAGCUACAGCCAAUACUUCACCUGUCAAUGAGGGCGUCAACAUUAAAGUGGAACCGACCGAACAGGAAAACAUAUCUUCCAUUGUUUCUAAUGUAGAUCACCAUGAUGCAAGUCCAGCAUUAGAGGAGUUGCCUGGUAUCCAAAUAGGACCACAUGGCACGCGGCCUAUGGUAGAAAUACCAAGAGGACAGACACAGACACAGAAUUCUUAUAGAGUAAUACCAUUUCCAGCUCUUAAAAAGGAGCCAGCAGUUCAUGAGAAUUUAGUCGCACCAAAUACCAUAACUACAGACAACUCGCUCAUCCAGAUACCCUCCUCUUCAUCAACACAAUCGGUUUCACCUACAGCCAAUACUUCACCUGUCAAUGAGGGCGUUAACAUUAAAGAGGAACCGACCGAAAUGGAAAACAUAUCUUCCAUUGUUUCUAAUGUAGAUCACCAUGAUGCAAGUCCAGCAUUAGAGGAGUUGUCUGGUAUCCAAAUAGGACCACAUGGCACACGCGUAUCCGAAGUGGAUUUGGCCAACAUAAAUGGGACUGAAGUGUCAAUUGCCACGCGGCAACUUAUGAGCUUGAUCUUCGACCGUGCAACUAUAGCCACGCAUACACUCAGUGGUAAACCCUCGCCCGCUUUUCUGAACCGUGACCUUCCACUGAAGCCGCAAUUAGACCCAUUGAAAGUGUCUGAUAUUAUACAUUUUCUUAAAUAUGAAAAAAAUUUUCGCGAAAACAAAAUACGGAAGGCAAUCACUAUGAAGUGUGCCGACACCGCCAAAGCCAUUAGGAGGAGGAGCUUAGCCAAGGCAAAAUUGAGUAACACAUUACCUUGAAUAUACAUGUAUAUUCUUUAUUGUAUUUUUGACUGCUUAAACAAAUAAAAACUUUGAAAA